AUUCAGCAAAAUUAAUGGAGAGUACAGAUUCAUCAUCUGCCUCGCCGCACCCGCAACUCCCUCCAGGGUUCCGGUUCCACCCGACAGAUGAAGAGCUAGUGGUUCACUACCUCAAACGGAAGGCUGCUUCUGCUCCUCUGCCUGUUACAAUCAUAGCAGAAGUUGAUCUUUACAAGUUUGAUCCGUGGGAGUUGCCAAGUAAGGCAACCUUUGGAGAGCAAGAGUGGUAUUUUUUCAGUCCUAGAGACAGGAAAUAUCCGAAUGGAGCAAGGCCUAAUAGAGCCGCAACUUCUGGUUAUUGGAAAGCCACAGGGACUGAUAAGCCGAUUGUAACUUCUAAUGGUAAUCAAAAGGUUGGUGUCAAAAAAGCUCUAGUAUUCUAUGGAGGUAAGCCUCCAAAAGGGAUUAAAACAAAUUGGAUCAUGCAUGAAUAUCGCCUUGUCGACAAUAAUUCUACUUCAAAGCCACAAAUCGCUGAUGUAGCCAACAGGAAAGGUUCUUUAAGGCUUGAUGAUUGGGUUCUAUGCCGGAUCUACAAGAAGAAUAAUACCCAAAGACCGAUGGAGAGGGACAAAGACUAUUCCACAGUGGGGAUGCUAGCAACACUGCCAACUUCUACCCAUCAAAAUCCAAAGCCUCCUACCUCGAAAGCUACAAGUUAUGGUUCAUUGCUAGAAAACGAAGAGAAUUUCUUCGAAGGGAUACUAACAGGAGAAGGCAUGCAACACAGUACCAUUUCACAAAUACCAGCUGCCUCUUCAAGCUCAAAGCAAGAUCUUUCCAUGUCCUUAGCUUCUACGACGACAAAUACAUUCCCCGUUAAACGUACAAUUCCUCCACAGUACUGGAAUGAACCAAAUUCUUCAUUUGGCUCACAAUCCGGAAAAAGAUUCCAGGGUGAUCUGAAUAGUAGUAGCACAGCUGGCAUUGAUGAUACCAACUCCUUUGUUUCUUUGCUCCAUCAUCUACCUCAGAACGCUCCAUUUUACCCUGGCACGCUCGUUGGAUCCCUCGGUGAUGGCGUUUCCCGCCAGCAGUUUAUACUUCCUAGCAUGAAUUGGAACUCUUAGUCUGAGUUUUUCAAGGCCUUAAUGGUUGUGAGUGUAGCUAAUUUAUACAUCUUAGUUAUAAUGUAUGAAAUGAUUCAAGCAGGAUAUAACCAAGGUUAAGAACAUUUUUAUUUUUUUGCACUGUAUAGUCAAAUAAGACUAUGAUUUAUGCUCUAUAUUAGCCAAUAAAUAAUUUGCUUUGAGGGAUAACAGUAUGGCGGAUCAAUAUUGGUAAGGUCUUUGAA